AUGAGUACAUACGAUCCACGCUACCAGCCUCUGUUCAAUCCGAUCAACAGCCAUAUCGGUGCGGGUCACACUCAAGAGUUGGAAGACGUCGAGCUCGAAAAAUUGUACAAGCAGACAACGUCCACAUCUGCCCUUCCACACAGAUGGUUUGAUGUCCAGAAAUACUGCCACAAGCCAAAAAGUUGGCAGCUUGGCCUCUUCGUGGGACUGGGAGUAUCCAUCGUGGUGCUUAUCUCUAACGUCGUCAUUCUGCUCUUUGGUGCUGUCACAGAUGGUGGAUUUGUCGAUGGUAUCGGGACCAUAGCAAAAGGCCAUGCAGAUCACAUAGUCAGGCUGGGCACUGCAUAUCAUGUCCUCAUCAACAUCUGCAGUACGGUUCUCUUAACUUCUAGUAAUUACGCUAUGCAACUGUUAUGCGCACCGACUCGUGCAGAGCUCGAUCAGGCACAUCAAAAUGGACGAUGGCUCGAGGUCGGCCUCAUGAGCUUUCGCAAUCUUCGAUAUAUCGAUCGGAAGCGCACUUUACUAUGGGUCGUAUUGGCCAUCAGCUCAGCUCCACUGCAUUUACUGUACAACUCAUCGGUGUUCCACGUUGUUGCAGGACAGGAUUACACUAUUACCGUGGUCAGCGACGAUGCUCGUGACAUUUCUUCCGGGACCGGGUGGAAAGACGUUGGUGGAUCCGACUGGCCACAGCUUUAUGAAUCGAAGUUCAACGCAGGCUACGGUGAUCUCAUCCUGCUGGUUGACAGCAUUUCUAUGGGCGUACAGUUCUACCCGGACUGGGAUUUUGCCCUUGGAAUGCCUGAUCUCUCCUCAUGCAACUGGAAUCAAGUUGAUUUUACCAGCGAAGGGUUCCAGUCCGGGUUCAGUACAAACAGAACGUUUGGGGUAAACGCCACAGGCAAGGUUCUUCAGCCAGAAUCAUGGCAAGCAAACGAAAGAGCAGUCAUUGCUUUAAGUGUCUUACCCGCCUUGAGCACUCAGUAUCCAACCCUAAUCAAUGCGUCUCGUAACCAUACUAACGCUAAAGACGAGUUCUUAGUUGAAGUACCGUUUUUGGGCUCGUCGACGUCCACCAAAAAAGACGACGUCCACACUAUCAAAUUACCGUAUUCCGUUCCGAUGAACUUAUCUAGUAACGGUACAUUAGCGCAGGCUUUCGGUGUUUGCUCAAAUUCAGGCUGGCUCAGGAGCCCAAGCAAUCUACCACUACACGUUCACAGCGCAAGGGCUAAGCAACUCUUGUAUGGCAGCAAAGUACAACUGGCGUUGCCGUUCCUGUGCAUCGUUAUCGUCGCAAAUAUCGCAAAGAUUGUAGGAAUUCUUCUUACACUUCGUACAUGUUCAGCUGGACCCAUCGUCACAAUUGGAGACGCUGUUGCCUCAUUUCUAGAACGACCUGAGACAAGCUCAAAAGGACAAUGCGUGCUCGUAACGCCCUCUUUAUUUGAAAAAGAUUUUGUGGAGCCGCCAAAUGAAUUGGGUGGACAAGUUUGGAGAUCACGUCGACUCCCAAUCAUGUCGCUUUUAGGCGGUACACCACUGUGGUCAGUGCCGAUAAUUACUUUGUCUGUAUCAGUCACACUUUAUUCAUUAACAGCGGCUACAAGUAACGGCCAGAGGGUCGCGUUCUGGGGCACCUCUUCCUCCGCAAUCAUAAGCCUGACUUCAACGACUUUUGAUGCUCGAGGAGCCCUUCAAACAGCUCUGUUGGCGAAUUUACCUCAAGUCUGCUUAUCUCUUGUCUACUUCGUCAUCAAUUCUAUCUGUACUUCGAUGUGUUCUGCGAGGGAAUGGAACGAGUACGCUACAAUCCAGCGGGGCUUGCGAGUCACCAACCCGACCGCAGCUCAACGAUCUACUCAUUUUUUGCAGCUUCCAUAUAGAUGGGCCAUUCCGCUGACAGUCACAUCCGGAGUCCUCCACUGGCUACUGUCACAAUCCCUCUUCUUGAUACGUCGAGAAAGGCGAAGACAAGAUGGAACGCUCUAUCCGGAAUCUACUUGCGCUUGCGGAUACUCUACGUCUAGCAUCUUAGUCUUCGCUUGCGUAUUUCUUUCGUUACUGCUCGUAGUCUUGUCGUUGUCGAUACAGCAUUUGAAGCUACGUAUACCACCAGCCCGACAUCGAAGCACAAUUAUCAGUGCUGCAUGCCAUCCACCCAGCGAUGACGUAAACUGCCAUUUGAAGAAAAUACAAUGGGGUGUGGUUGUUGAAGGCGGCAUGGAAGUAGUGGGACACUGCUCCUUCUCAAGCAAAGAGGUGACCGCGCCCAUUGAAGAUAGAUUGUACGCAUGA